UGGUGUCAAUUAAUUUCCCGAGACAUACCUUUAGGCUAUAACAUAUAGUUUUUUACGUUUACUUAUUCAACUUAUUAUAUAUCUGCAUUUUUACACUUCUUGUAAUGAAGCUGAACUUGUAUAAAAAUACUUAAGCGUUGAUUAUGAAUAAUAACUGAAAAGCAAAUCUUCAUUUUGCUUUUAUUUUUGGCAUAAAGGUUUAGUAUUUUUAUACUUUAUAAUGAAUAUUUCAAUAGAAAAGAAAAGAUCAGAUUGUGCAGCACUACCAAAAGGUUGGCAAAGAGAAGAAGUUAUAAGAAAAACUGGGCUUUCAGCAGGAAAAGUCGAUGUAUACUACUAUAGCCCAACAGGUAAAAAGUUUCGCAGUAAACCCGAGCUAGUUCGUUAUCUCGGUGAUAGUGUGGACUUGUCGUGUUUCGACUUUCAACAAGGUCAAAUAAACACAAUGCUCCUGUGCAAGGUCAAGAAAGCUCGAGCGCAGUUUGACUACAGGGGUGUUCGAUCAGAUGCUUCGCUUGUUCCUCCUAUACGUCAAACAGCUUCAAUAUUUAAACAGCCAGUGACUGUGUACAAGACUCAGGAGAGUAAAGUCAAAACUGAUCUGAAACAUGGUACUCAAGAAAAACCUAAACAACUUUUUUGGGAAAAGCGAUUAGAAGGAUUGACUGCAUGUGAUGCAAAUGGAGUCAUUGGCACAACAUCCUUGCCCAAGUAUAUAAAGCCCUUGGGUCCAUAUACAUCUGAUGCUACAACUAUACAGUCUCUAGCUACAGCUUUACAUGUUUCAUCACAACCAAUAACAGGUCAGUCUGGUUCAAAACAAACAAUAAUGGAGAAUCCAGGUGUUUUUUUAAACCCUGAUCAACCUUUGAUAGCGGCAGUUACAAUAACAAAAGAUGACCUCCGGCGUCAAGAAGAGCGGGUAAAGCGGGCUCGCCUACGACUGCAAGAGGCUCUCGUGGCUGCAUAGGGGCACGCCGGCGACGGGGUAGACCUGACCUCCGCCGCCGAUUCGCAGGAAGCUGACCCCGUCGAACAGAUGCUGCCAGAUUCCACCGCAGACUCACCUAAACCUUCCAAUUCGGAUUGCGUGGUCGAUAGUACUAGCUAAGAUUAUUUAGGUUAUAAGGUAAUAAAUGCUAAAAAUUAAAUCAUAAGUUUUAGCAAUAAUUUUUUACUAUCUUAUUUCGUUCUAAUUUAUAUUGUAGCAUUUCUAGCAUUUAUAGAUGUAGAAAUAAAUAUUUUAUCAAAUUAUCUGUAUGUAACUUGCAAUAUUAACAUGAAUCUUCAGAGUAAUAUAACUCCUAAUUUAAGAAUGAAAAUGAUUUUCUUGUGAGUAAGCCGCAUACAAGCAACUAACAAUGUGUGUCAAAAUUAUCUUGAUUAAUAUUUUCAUUUUUGAGAUUACAUUUUUAAAACAAGAACACAGAUUUAGACUUAAGGCGAAUAGUCAAAGAGACAAAUGUUUGGAAAGGUUAAAAAUAAUUUAUUGAUAAAAAGGCUGGAGUAAUGAACAUUUGAAUAUUAAAUAUUUGCUUCUAUUAUAUCUUUCAAAUAAUUUGUGAUAUAAAACUGUAAACAAAAAAGGUACUAUGGUUAGGAUAGAAAAUCGAUUGUGUGUACAUGUAUUGUGUACAGAUUUCUAAGUGAGUAAUAAUAAUAAAAUAUGUUUGAUAAAAAUAAUUGCAUUUAAUUUAUUUUUUUCUUUAAUUAAGCAGUAAUUUUUCAAAGCUAAAUUUGUGAAAUAGUGAAUAGAUUUAAAAUUUUAAUCACAACCAUAAUUUAGAAAAUGGAAAUAAUAUACAUAUUUUAAAUAAUAAUGAUAAAAUUAAUUAAUAACAUUAAUCAGUUACAAUACAAAGCUUAAUGUAGUCUAAUAAAUAGAGAAAUAAAUCCUAUUAUGUUGUAGAUAUUUGAAGGACUAGCAAGUAUGUAAUUGGAUAUGGCAUGCAUCAGAAUGACUACAAAGAGACAGAUCAGCUUUAAAAUACUACCAAAAUUAUUUAUUUAUACCUAUUUAGUACUAAUUAAAAAAUUAUUUUUUUCUGUCAAUGAUUUAGGUACCAAAUAUUUAAACAAAGGUACUAAAUUAUUACCUAAAGGUACUUAGUGUAUUUUAAAGCUGAUCUGUCAUUAUAUACAUUCAUUCUGAUGCACGUCAUUCUGG